AUGGAGACUGCAAGCAGGUACCCAGAUCUGGCUCCCAUGGGACAAAAAAAAAUCAGAAGAGAUGUGAGCAGGAUAUAUACAAACAUCUCAGCAUUGAGUGAACCCAUUCUUGAAGGCUUCUCCCAACUGCCCAACCUCUGAGGCUUGCUCUUCUCUCUCUUUCUCAUCAUCUACCUGCUCACCAUGGCAGGCAAUCUCCUCAUUGUGGAGCUUGUCUCAGUUGAUGCCACCCUCCAGUCCCCCAUGCAUUUCUUCCUUUGAAUCCUCUCAGCUCUGGAGAUUGGCUACACAUCUGUCACUGUCCCUUUGCUGCUUCACCAACUCCUCACUUGUCAACUCCACAUUCCUUACUCUGGCUGUGCUCUCCAGAUGUUCUUCUUUUCCAUUUGUGCCACUGAGAGUUGCCUCCUGGAAGCCAUGGUCUAUGACCAUUGUGCAGCCAUUUGCGAACCCCUUUGCUACCCCCUUCUGCUAAGCCAUCAGGUGUGUCUAUGCCUAGCUGGGUCAGUAUGCGCCUGUGGAGCAACGGGCCUGGGCCAUACCUCUGUCAUCUUCUCCUUGCAUUGUGGCCCUAAUGCCAUCUCACACUUCUGUGAGAUCCAGGCCACGGUGCAGCUGUUAUGUAGAGACACCUCACUCAACAAACUGCAGACAAUCCUGGCUGCUGGCCUCAUGAUCCUGAUCGGCCUCAUCCUGGGCUCCUAUGGCUGUGUCCUGACUACUAUCUUCUAGAUCCCAUCUGCUGCUGGCCGCCACAAGGCCUUCUCCAUCUGCUCCUCCCACCUGGUGUGGUUUAUCUCUUCUAUCUUUUAUCUUUACCUUAUCUUUGUCUACAUCUGACCUAAGGCCAGCUAUGAUCCAGUCACUGGCCCUCUGCGCUCUGUCUUCUAUGCCGUGGUCACCCCCAUCCUCAAUCCCAUCAUCUAUAGCCUGCAGAACACUAAUGUCAAGGCUGCCCUAAAGAAAACCAUCCAGGCGGAGCCAACAUGGCGGCUGCUCCAGAAACAAUAUGACUUCUUCUGGGACCUGCUUGACUCGGCGCGGCCGGACCACGUCAAGCGGCACCCGAACAGGGACCUGAAGGAGAGGGAGAAGGUGAGGGCCACCACGUCGAGAAGAGAAAGCCCUGGCCAGGGUAACGAGAGAAGAUGCACAAGAGAAGAGGCGCGCAAGCAAUGUGGAUGUGCAACGCGGACAGUCGCCGCAGACCCAUCUGGAAUAUCUUUCGAAAAGCGGUGGAAUGAAAUUCAGGGCACCCUGAAGCGGCUUACUUUAGCCUUAGAAGCGCAGCAAAAGAUGGGACAGUCGCACCCCAAGAGAAGAGAUUCCCCUACUUUGCGAGACGCAGUUCCGCAGAGCGCUUUUGGUGCUCUGGCAGUCGUCCACCCCUCGCACAGCUUUGGAGGACCCCAGCUGAAGAGCAAGCAGCGGAGCAAGCAGUUCAGCGCAUAUAUUGGGCAUAUGUUCCUGACCCUCCUCUGCUCCAUCCAGUCAGUUGGAAGUCUCCUGAGGACAUCAGAAACAGGAACAAGACGGGUAAAGCCUCGCCCUCGCGCCAACGUGGACGCGCCCUACGCUGCCAUGGAGACCACUUAG